UUUCUCAUGUCUGAGUUUAUGACCGAUGAAAUGAUACUGAAAUUGAAAUCUCUCUUGCUUUCUUCUUUUUUCUGACAAUUCUUCCACCUCUCAAACUUUUCUACGUCAUUUCUGAUAUGUACUGGUUUAUUCUGCUAAGCCUGAAAAGAAAAGUACAUGUUCAUCAAGAACUAUCUGCAGUGGGAUGCAAUGAAAGAUUUGAAAUAGUUUUGAAUAUACAGCUUCAUGAAAGGUGGUGCCAAAAAAUAUCCUCAUUUCUUCAGAAUCUUCUUCCCAGAGCAACACUCUCACACUAUGAAAGUUCCAAAGGAGUUUCUGAAGAAUUUGAAUGAAGAGUUGUUGAGUAAUGCAGUUCUGAGUAUCCCUUCUUCUGAUGAGAAGUGGGAAGUAAGUGUUGUAAAGAAAGGAAGUGAAGUGUAUAUGCAAAAUGGUUGGCCACAGUUUGUGACAGAUAACUCAUUGGUGCUUCAUGAGCUCUUGCUUUUUGAAUAUCAUGGAGAUAACUGUUUCCAUGUUCAAAUUUUUGGCACCAAUGGAUUGGAGAGGUUAUGCGUCAAAGAAACAACACAAGAACAACCUACGACCAUACCUAAGAAGACUAUUCCAACUUCUGCUGGUUCAUCCCUCCAUAAAUCAAAGUCUUGUAAAAAAGACUUGUCUCAGCCGAAGGAAUCCCCAAUUGAAAUUGAAAGUUCGGAAGCAUUGAAAUUGGCCGAGUCCUUUACCUCUUGCAAACCUCAUUGGAAGCACGUCAUGACAAAAUGCCAUGUGGAAGGUCGUUGCAUAUUGCCUAUUGCUAGUAAGUUUGCGAGAAAGUAUAUUCCUGAAGAAGUGAAACAGAUCCAUAUGGGAAAUUCCGAAGGAACACUCUGGAAAGUUCAAGUGAGUUAUUUUAAAAUUCAAAGUAGAAGUUAUGCUAACUUAUCUACAGGAUGGGCAAAAUUCGUUCGUGAUAACAAGCUCAUGAGAGGCGACACUUGCAUAUUUGAACUUGAAGAAAACAAAGACCUCCAUAUGAAGGUUCACAUAUUCAGAACCAGAUGUGCACCAAGUUAAUCUGGAUCCACUGUUUUUGACAAACCUCAGCUUUGUUUCAAAUGUCUAAUACUGCAUUGGAUUUAUCUUCAAUUUAUCAUUAUGUGAAACUACUUCCUUUUUCAUUGUGUUACUCAUGAUGUUUAUCUCUGUCGAUCUUAACGCUAUUAUAUAUCUUCUUUUUUCGAUCAAAGGACACGUUGUCUAUUGGUAUACCUAAUAGUUUUAUAUCAUUUAGAAGUCGAGAUCAAGAAAUUUAAAUA